GCCAAGUUUUAUUUAUUGUUGUUCUCCUGAUCUCCCCGGGUUUUGCCGGGGCCGGUUGAAGGAGGAGAGGGGCCGUGGAGCCGCAGCCUGGGGCGGGGGUUGAGCCCAUUGCUCCCGCCUCGCCCCGGGCCGAGGCGCUGGGGGCCGGGCCGGGGCUCCGUCCUGCGGGCGGGCGGUCCGCGGGCGCCCGCGGCCUGGGGCGGCGGGGGUCGUCCUCACGAAAACAGAAGCCGAUUUUCCCUCAGCUGCUGCAGGGCGCUCUGCUCGCCCCCUCCCGUCUCCCCCCCCCCCCCCCCCCCUCCGCCUUUUCUGCUUUUAACGGGAGCGCUUCGUGCCGGGUGAGGUCCCCUCACCUGCCGCCGCAGGCCUGCAGGCGGCCCCGGCCCGGCGGUCGCGGUCGGCGGCGUUGAGGCUCGCUGGGAGCCGAAGUCGGCCCAGAGGCCCGAGCGGGCCCGGCGGUUCCCGGGGCGGCGGGUCUGGGGGCUCCCGGCGGAGCGGCGGCCGCGAGUCCUCUUGCUCGGGUGUCGGCAUAGACCCUACAGCCGCGAUGGUGUCGGCGCUUCUGGCAGGGAAAUACUGUGUUUGCUGCCUCUUACCAUUAUUGGAAUAGAAGCUGAGAAGCAGAAAACAUGUUGGAAACAAUUGAUACACAUCGGGCCCUUCAGGCCAUGGAGCGCUUACAGGCAAAACUUCGGGACCGAGGUGACAUUGCAAACGAGGAGAAACUGAGCUUAUUCAAAUCCGUGCUUCAGAGUCCUCUCUUUAACCAAAUUCUCAACCUUCAGACUUCUAUUCAACAGCUGAGAGAUCAGGUAAAUAUUACACCUUCCAUACAUAGCACUGGUGAAUUCCCCCAGCUUCUCCAUCAUGGCAUGAAUGUGGGGUCCUUGCCACAUAAUGAGUCAUAUUUGUUGGCUCAGCAGAAUGGCAGCCCAGCUAAUGUGCUAGAAGCAUCGAUGAGAUCCAUUACUUCUCAGAUUAAUGGGAAGUCCUCUAGUGAUGACUUUGAGCAGCUGGUCAGAAAUAUGUCCCAGGGUCGCCUUGUUGAGACCAUUGAGCUUAUUAAACCUUUAAGUGGUGGUCUAGGCUUCAGUGUUGUGGGACUAAAGAGUGAAAACAGGGGAGAACUAGGAAUAUUUGUGCAAGAAAUCCAGGAGGGAAGUGUGGCACACAGAGAUGGAAAGCUGAAGGAAGCAGAUCAAAUCCUUGCUAUUAACGGACAAGCCCUUGAUCAGACAAUUACACAUCAACAGGCUAUCAGCAUUCUACAAAAAGCAAAAGAUAAUGUCCAGCUAGUUGUGGCCAGGGGCACUUUGCCUCAGCUCAUCAGUCCUGUAGUUUCCCGGUCUCCAUCUGCUGCUAGCACAGUUUCAGCCCAUUCCAACCCGGUUCACUGGCAGCAUGUGGAGACUAUUGAAUUGGUGAAUGAUGGUUCAGGCCUGGGGUUUGGGAUAGUGGGAGGAAAGUCAACUGGAGUGAUUGUCAAAACCAUCCUCCCAGGAGGAGUGGCUGAUCAGCAUGGGAGAUUGCGUAGUGGAGACCACAUCUUGAAAAUUGGUGAUACAGACCUAGCUGGAAUGAGCAGUGAGCAGGUGGCACAAGUUCUGAGGCAGUGUGGAAAUCGGGUGAAACUGGUAGUUGCAAGAGGUCCUGUUGAGGAACCACUUCCACCAGCAGUCCCUCCAGGUACACCAGUACCCAUCUCCAUACCAGAGAAACAGGCAGAUGCUUCUGUCGAUAGCUGUGAAGAUGGGGAGAAAUUUAAUGUUGAACUCACUAAAAACAACCAGGGAUUAGGAGUAACUAUUGCUGGUUACAUUGGAGAUAAAACAUCAGAACCUUCUGGUAUCUUUGUGAAAAGCAUUACAAAAGGCAGUGCUGUUGACCAUGAUGGCAGAAUCCAUGUGGGAGAUCAAAUUAUAGUUGUGGAUGGAACAAAUCUUCAGGGUUUCACUAACCAGCAAGCAGUUGACGUUUUAAGGCACACGGGACAAACGGUUCGGCUCACUUUGAUCAGAAGAGGGCUUAAGCAGGAAAAUCAUAUUCAGCCCCAGGAGGACUUCAGUGCUGCUGUUGAAAAGGACAUACUGUUCCAAACAAAGGAUAGUAGCACAGCCAAAGAUAAUGGUGAAACAGAACAGGGAUCUCCAUCACCUCCAUGCAGUACCAGUGUGGUAAAUAUAGGAGAGGACAUGAAACAACAGGAAACAGAUUUUCAGCUAACUACUACAGAAGAAGCAGCUACGAAGGCAAAGUGGCAGAGGAUUAUGGGUUCAAAUUAUGAAAUAGUGGUGGCUGUAGUUAACAAAUUUAGCGAAAGCAGUGGUUUAGGGAUAAGCCUUGAAGCUACGGUUGGACAUCAUUUCAUCAGAUCUGUCUUACCCGAGGGGCCAGUUGGAAGAAGUGGCAGGCUGUUCAGUGGAGAUGAGCUACUGGAAGUGAAUGAGAUCUCUUUGCUUGGAGAAAAUCACAAGGAUGUGGUAAAUAUCUUGAAGGAGCUGCCUAUUAAUGUGACAAUGGUAUGCUGUCGUCCAGUAGCUCCCUCCAUCACUCACCCAGAGGUACUGGAGAAUCUAAGUCUAUCUGACGUUCAGCUCACAGAAAAGGCUCACAUCGAACUUGGAUUUAUUGGCUCCUCAGACACAGAGGGUACAGCUUUGGAAAUAGCUGACGAGGGUCAGAGUACGGAAGAGGUGCAAAGCUCAUCUUUGGCGAUGUGGGAAACAGAAGUACAGCACAUUGAGCUAGAAAAAGGAAGUGCGGGACUUGGAUUUAGCAUACUGGACUACCAGGAUCCUGUUGAUCCAGCAAACACAGUAAUUGUGAUUCGCUCAUUAGUUCCUGGGGGUGUGGCUGAGCAAGAUGGCAGACUUCUUCCUGGAGAUCGACUUAUGUUUGUCAAUGAUACCGACUUGGAAAAUGGAAGUCUGGAGGAAGCGGUACAAGCACUGAAAGGAGCCCCAACAGGAACAGUUAAAAUAGGAGUUGCUAAGCCACUGCCUCUUUCACCAGAGGAGGGCUAUGUCUCUGCUAAGGAAGAUUGCUUUUUCUACACUGCCCAGUCACUUGAGGAGGAGGGGCCAGCUGAUGCAGCCCUCUUCCAUGCUGAGCUGGCUCUGGUGGACUCCAGCGAGGGAGACCUAGGGGAUGAGUCCACCUUUGAGUCUCAGUAUUCGCCAGAGAGUGACGUCUUUCAGGCUUCAAUGAUAGCUCUUCAUGGCAGUGCCUGUAGCGGUGAGCUGAACUACAGCUUUGCUCUUCCAUUGUCAACUCCCAAGCAGUCUGUUGGAGAGGAAUGUUCAAAUGCUGCAUCUGCUUUCUGUGUAUUUGACGAAAAUCUGUACAACAUGGAUUUAAAUCAGAGAGUGAGAGAGCAAAAGUCUGUAGUGGGAAAUAGCCUGGAAACUGCAACUGGUUUUACUGAAAAGGAUCUUCUGCCUCUGGAUGUUUCGGAUAUCAGCCAAAAUGAAAGUGAAAACACAGCAGUGUGGACUGGAUCUCAGACAACAGCAGAAAUUGUACUAAGUACAAGCCUUGCUACUAGCGUGCAGCUUGAUGCCACUGGAAAAGAUCAACUGCUUUUGAUGGAAAAGAGGUGCCCAGUGUCUUUGGAGGGAAGUUCCACAACACCAAAUUCAGUCAAAAACAUGUAUGAGAAAACUAUCACAAUUGCAAAAGGCAAUUCAAGUCUAGGGAUGACAGUAAGUUCCAAUAAAGAUGGCUCAGGAAUGGUAGUCCGCAGUGUCAUCCAUGGAGGCUCAAUAAGUCGUGAUGGACGGAUUGGUGUGGGGGACUGCAUCCUGUCCAUUAAUGAAGAAUCAACCACUAACUUAACCAAUGCACAAGCCCGGGCUAUGCUAAGGAGGCAUUCGCUCAUUGGACCAGAUAUAAAAUCUUCUCCAGCACCUGCUGAUGAUCAGGCCCUCUGUUAUGUUAUUACAUAUGUACCAGCAGAAAAUUUAGAUGAGUACAGUGCCAGUUUGGGACAACAGACAGAGGGAGCUGUGCCACUUGAACUUUUUCCUACACAUGCUGUCAGCAGGGAACUCCCAGAGCUUCCAGAACGUGAAGAGGGGGAGGGAGAAGAAAGUGAACUUCAAAAUGCAGCUUUCAGUAACUGGAGCCACCCCAGAAAGGUUGAACUCUGGAGGGAGCCUAGCAAGUCACUGGGGAUCAGCAUUGUUGGAGGACGAGGGAUGGGGAGCCGCCUGAGUAAUGGAGAAAUGAUGAGAGGGAUCUUUAUCAAGCACAUCCUGGAAGACAGCCCGGCUGGCAAAAAUGGAACACUGAAAACUGGAGAUCGGAUCGUGGAGGUGGAUGGAAUUGACCUCAGAGAUGCCAGCCACGAACAAGCUGUGGAAGCCAUACGGAAGGCAGGCAAUCCUGUAGUCUUUAUGGUACAGAGCAUUAUAAGCAGACCAAGGCCAGAGUCUCUUUAUAGCCCUUCUUCAGCUUCUGCUCCCUGUGGGCAGAAAACUACUAACCCAUUUUAUCGCCAGUCAUCUAAGAACCCUUCCCUACCUUUCCCGCAGAACAGUCUUUUCUGUAGAACAUCAGUCUUCAGCAGCACUAACCCAUUUGCUGAUUCUUCUCAGUUCGACACUGACAAGGAGGUAUCAAAUCCAAUUAGGGUUACCUUCCGUUGUUCCCCAAGUAACCCUUUUGCUCCCACACCAUUCAAGGCAUUCAGUCAAUCCAAUUUAGAGCCAGAAAAGACUUCGCUUUGUAGCUUGCCUCUGCCACCCCCUUCAGCAUUUUCAGGAAUGAGCUGUGAUGUUGCACAGUCAUCUUCUAGCAGAGUCCCAGAAGAUGUGGAAAAGGAGGAUGAGUUUGGUUACAGCUGGAAAAAGAUCGUGCAGCGCUAUGGAAAUCUACCAGGGGAGCUACAUGUGAUUGAGCUGGAAAAAGGAAGGACAGGCCUGGGACUUAGUCUUGCUGGUAACAAAGACCGAUCUAGGAUGAGUGUCUUUAUAGUGGGAAUUGAUCCAAAUGGAGCAGCUGGCAAAGAUGGCAGGUUACAGAUUGCAGAUGAGUUACUAGAGAUAAAUGGGCAAAUACUCUAUGGAAGGACUCAUCAGAAUGCUUCCUCAAUAAUCAAAUGUGCGCCAUCGAAAGUAAAAAUAAUCUUUAUCAGAAAUAAAGAUGCAGUAAAUCAGAUGGCUGUUUGCCCUGCAAAGUCAGUAGAUGCUUCACAGUGUACUUCAGGGACACUUCAACAUCAAGAGAUUGAUAUCAGUGCUGCAAACUCCAGUGCUUGUUCUGACUUCAGUUCAUGUAAAAAUAUUCAGUAUGUGGAACUCCCUAAGGAUCAAGGAGGCUUUGGAAUUGCCAUUAGUGAAGAAGACACAAUUAAUGGAGUAGUUAUUAAAAGCUUAACAGAUCAUGGUGCAGCAGCAAAGGAUGGACGAAUCAAAGUUGGAGAUCAGAUCUUGGCAGUGGAUGAUGAAAUUGUUGUGGGAUAUCCGGUAGAAAAGUUUAUUAAUCUUCUGAAAACAUCUAAAACUAUGGUGAGGCUUACAAUCAACUCAGCAGAGAUGGACAGCCCGACUGCAGCACCAGUCCCUUCCAGCACUACCCCAGCCGAGAGGAGGAAUAUGCAUCUGCCAGCAACUGUCCUCUCUUCCAGCUCACCAGAACCAGAAACAGUCAAAAACACAAGCAGAUCCUCAACUCCAGCCACGUUAGCCUCUGACCCAACUACUUGUCCCAUCAUUCCUGGAUGUGAAACAACCAUUGAUAUCUCCAAAGGGCGGACUGGUCUUGGUCUGAGCAUUGUUGGAGGAGCAGACACUUUGCUGGGAGCAAUCAUUAUUCAUGAAGUAUAUGAGGAAGGAGCAGCAUCUAAGGAUGGGAGACUGUGGGCAGGGGAUCAGAUAUUAGAGGUGAAUGGGAUUGACCUCAGGAAUGCCACACAUGAUGAAGCAAUAAAUGUUCUCCGGCAGACUCCCCAAAAAGUUUGUCUCACUGUGUACAGAGAUGAGGCCCAGUACAAGGAGGAAGACAUGUAUGAUAUACUUAAUAUAGAGCUCCAGAAGAAGCCUGGCAAAGGCCUUGGGCUGAGUAUUGUUGGGAAAAGAAAUGAUACUGGGGUGUUUGUGUCAGAUAUCGUCAAAGGAGGAAUAGCAGAUGCAGAUGGUAGAUUGAUGCAAGGAGACCAGAUAUUGACAGUGAAUGGAGAAGAUGUUCGAAAUGCUAACCAGGAGGCUGUUGCAGCUUUGCUAAAGUGUUCAUUAGGUACGGUAAGACUAGAGGUUGGAAGAAUAAAAGCUGGUCCAUUCCACUCUGAGAGGAGAACAUCCCAGAGCAGCCAGGUCAGUGAAGGAAGUGGCAGUCUCUCAUCAUUCAGUUUCCCGGUUUCUGGGUCCAGUGCACCUGAGGGCUUUGAAAGUGGUCUAAAGAAGAAUACCACAGCUUCUGAAAUACAGGGACUAAGAACAGUUGAAAUAAAAAAGGGUCCUGCAGAUUCACUAGGAGUCAGCAUUGCUGGAGGUGUAGGAAGUCCUCUUGGAGAUGUUCCUAUAUUUAUUGCCAUGAUGCAUCCAAAUGGAGUUGCAGCGCAGACUCAGAAACUCAGAGUUGGGGACAGGAUUGUUAGCAUCUGUGGAACAUCUACUGAGGGCAUGACUCACUCCCAGGCUGUUAGCCUCUUAAAAAAUGCUUCAGGCGCCAUUGAGUUGCAGGUUGUAGCUGGAGGAGAAGUGAGUGUCAUAACUGGUCAGCAGCAGGAUCCACCUACAUCCAGUCUUCAAUUUGCAGGACUAACUUCAACCAGCAUUUUUCAGGAUGAUUUAGGACCUCCUCAGUACAAGACCAUUACUCUGGAUAGAGGACCAGAUGGCCUAGGCUUUAGUAUUGUGGGUGGUUAUGGCAGUCCCCAUGGAGACUUACCCAUUUAUGUGAAGACAGUGUUUGCAAAGGGUGCGGCAGCAGAAGAUGGACGCCUGAAGAGGGGUGAUCAGAUCAUUGCUGUGAAUGGGCAGAGUUUAGAAGGGGUGACCCAUGAGGAGGCGGUUGCUAUUCUGAAAAGGACAAAAGGAACAGUCACUUUGACUGUUUUGUCCUGAGCUGGCUGCCCAAAGGGGUAUGGUCAAUAAGACUAUAUUAUUUACAUUCCACAUAGCAAAGAAAAUGGAAAUGUUUAUAUAGCCUUCUUGCUCUUCCAGCUUCACAGGACUAUGUUACAGUGCUGAAGAAAAAAUAUCAUUUACUAAUAUUUUUGUAUACAAUAGAAGUAUUUCUCUUACUGUCAAACCACUGGAAUGGAGUUGUGUCAACUAUGGAAAGACAUGGAUAUUUUUCCGAUUGAUAUUUCUAUGAAUUCUUGUAAACCACAAAAUACAACAACAACAACAAAAAAAAGGUUUGCAUUAACAACUGCACAACAAAACUGGAACGUUUUGCAAAGAGGCUUUGGACAUUUGAAAUAUGUUGGAAAAAUGAUAUAGUCACCAAAUUAACAAGGAGGUGACAUGAGCAUCAGUAGUCAGAAAACAGAAAUAAGCUUAUUGAAGAAAAAAAGUAUUAACAAAAUGUGUAAUUUUAGGAUAAGAAAGAAGAGUAUGUAACCUGGAGGCAGAUAAUUAAUGGACUUAGAUGGUUAUUUGUAUUAUUUCACAAUGACCAAGUAGAAGGAGUUGGGUGGGUGACUUGGGUGGGGUUUUUUUGCUUGUCUUUGUGUUUAAAUUUCCUAAGUCAUGGUGUAUCCAAAAAAAAAAAAAAAGAAAACUGUGGUUUGGUUUAGUUUGGCUUAGGUUUGGGGGCUUGGACUUGAGUUUUUUUGAGGCGGGGAUGUGUGUGUGUUUAUUUUGAAAGGAGAAGACUUGUGCUCAGGACUGAAAAAUCUGUUUGCUUGUGGAAACUACUCUGGGUGAAAGAGAGUGCCCAGCAACUGCAGUAUUAGAAGAACUAGACUUUUAUUUCAUAAUAGUAGUGUUUUCCAGCCUAUAUGGAUGUGAAAGCAGCCUUCCCAAUAUGAAAUGUGUGUAAGUGGAGGUUCUCCUCUUCCAGUGUGCAAGACUAACUACAGGCUCAGUGCAGACAUUUCUGCAGGCAGCUCAAAUCAGAGCUGCUCAGAGCAGAUUUACUUGGCUUCAGAGAGACUUGUGGAUAUUGGAUAAGCCACAGUGGAAGAAGGUUCUGUUACGGUGUUGCUGCAAUUAUCAGUAGCAGCAAAGGUAGAGUUCUCCUUGGACUGAGGAGGCCUAAAACCAGGAGUUGAAGGUGGGUAAAAGGCUGAACAUCCCUCCCAGUGGAGGUUAGUAGUAAGACAGCAGUAAAGGUCUUUCUGCAUCACCAUUAAGCAGAAAAGGAGAUAUGAGGACCACUAAUAUUGUUUUGAGGUGAUUAAUUUUAGAAGAACAAAUAUGAGAGUUCCUAGUAAGAUGAAACCAUGGAGCUGUUCUUUGGGCAGCAGUGUGAUCAAUAAAUGUAUCAACAUCCUCAGUUUCCUAAGUUGGCAUCCUCACUAAAACUUUAUGCAAAAAAACCCACUUGAAACCUGUAGCUGAUUGUAGCCUGACUUUGCCUCUACUCCUUCAAACUGGGGCUCUCAGGAGUCUGGCAGAUAAAUCACGCUUUAACUAUGAUUUAACUUCCUGCAGAAGAUUUUGCCAAGUCUUUUGAGGGAGAAGGAUACCUAGCUAAUUAGCAUUCUAAUUAGCAGCAAGAUCUUUUAUGUAAAUUAGCCAAAAAAUUGUAGCAAAAAGGCCACCAUCUCAGUUGUCAUUCAAGAGAAAUCUGAACUGAAAAUACAGGCAAUGGUCAGACCAUUAUUAGAGGAAGACACGAAAGACUAGCAUUUCUUUUAGUGGGAUACAAAAACAGUAUGAAGAAUGUUUGUGAAUAGUAUUAGCAAAUUGAUAGGUAUUUCUAAGUGAAUUAACUCAAAGAAACACCCUUUGUCUCUAACUAUUCUAGCAGUUACACUGUGGUAGGCUAAGAUGAAAGAAAACAGAAGGUACUGUUACUGAAUGCUGUUGUUAUUGCUCUUCUAUACUUACUCCUUGGUUAGAGUGAGAAAUGCCUACAUUUAGAGUAAGCAAAGUCACUUUAAAUAGUAUCUAUAUUUGUAACAGAACUAGUGUACGGCUAUUUUGUUACUGCUGUGGUGUCUAAAUGGAGGAUUUAAGUGAAUAAAUUCUAACCUGUCACGAUGAAGAAA